AUGCGUCAGAAGGUUCCCUUCGGCAUUGCCCAGAUUGGAAAAGCCUUCCGCAAUGAGAUCACGCCGAGGCAAUUCCUCUUCCGUUCCCGCGAGUUCGAGCAGAUGGAAAUUGAAUAUUUCAUAGACCCAGAGGCAGACUACGAGGCCAUUCAAGAAGACUGGCUCAACGAGAUGUGGAAUUUCCUGAAGGCCGUAGGCCUCAAUGAAGCCCUCCUGGACCGCGAGGUGCACAAAGGUGACAAGCUGGCGCACUAUGCGCGCGCCUGCACGGACGUGGUCUUUAGGUACCCCUUUGGGACCCAGGAGCUUCUGGGCGUGGCAGCACGGGGCGAGUACGACCUCCAGCAGCACGCCGCGGCGAGCGGUGAAAGCUUGGAGUACCAGGUUCCCGGCCAAAAGCGGAAGUUUGUGCCCCACGUGAUCGAGCCUUCCUUGGGUGUGGACCGUCUUUUCCUGGCGCUGCUCUGCAGCGCCUAUGACGAGGACGAGAUCAACGGCGAAAAGAGGUCCUUACUGAGGUUCCACCCCUGCGUUGCACCCAUCACUUGCGCGAUUUUCCCCUUGCUCAAGAACAAGUCUGGCCUGGUCGACAAGGCGCGAAACAGUCACGCAUGUUGCGCAAAUUGUCCAUUUGAAUCGGAAUUGCAAUGUUUAGCACCCGCACAAGGCAACGUGAAACACACACAUCAUCUUCCUCUUGCCGAUUGA